GGGGGGCGGGCCGAGCGCGGGGGGAGGUGCUUCCGGGACAGAGGGCGGGCAAGAUGGCGGCGCCCAUGGAGCUGUUCUGCUGGUCGGGGGGCUGGGGGCUGCCUUCCGUGGACCUGGACAGCCUGGCGGUACUGACCUAUGCCAGAUUUACUGGGGCCCCGCUCAAGGUGCACAAGAUCAGCAACCCCUGGCGGAGCCCUUCAGGAACGCUGCCCGCCCUCCGGACCAGUCACGGAGAGGUCAUCUCAGUACCACACAAGAUCAUCACCCACCUUCGAAAAGAGAAGUUCAAUGCUGAUUAUGAUCUGUCUGCCCGGCAAGGGGCAGACACCUUAGCCUUCGUGUCUCUGCUGGAGGAGAAGCUGCUCCCAGUGCUGAUCCAUACUUUCUGGAUAGACGCCAAGAACUAUGUGGAAGUGACUCGGAAGUGGUACGCGGAGGCUAUGCCCUUUCCCCUCAACUUCUUCCUGCCUGGCCGCAUGCAGCGGCAGCACAUGGAGCGGCUGCAGCUGCUGUGUGGGGAGCACAGGCCUGAGCAUGAGGAAGAACUGGAGAAGGAGCUGUACCAAGAGGCUCGGGAAUGCCUGACCCUCCUCUCUCAGCGCCUGGGCUCUCAGAAAUUCUUCUUUGGAGAUGCCCCCGCCUCCCUGGACGCCUUUGUCUUUAGCUACCUGGCCCUGCUGCUGCAGGUCAAGCUGCCCAGUGGGAAACUGCAGGCCCACCUUCGGGGACUGCAUAACCUCUGUGCCUACUGCACCCACAUCCUCAGCCUCUACUUCCCCUGGGAUGGAGCUGAGGUGCCACCUCCACGCCAGACACCAGUGAGCCCAGAGACUGAGGAGGAGCCGUACCGGCGCCGGACCCAGGUCCUGUCCGUGUUGGCGGGGCUGGCGGCCAUGCUGGGCUACGCCUUGCUCAGUGGCAUUGUCUCUGUCCAGCGGGCAACACCGGCCCGGACCCCAGGCACGGGGGCCCUGGGCAUGGCCGAGGGAGACGAGGAGGAGUGAUUUGUCCUCAUGCUCCCAGGACUGAUUUUUCUACUCUCAUGCAUUCCAGAGGUCCCUGUGUCUCCCUGUUGUCGAUACAGCCAGAAAUGGGGUGUCCCCUGAAAAUAAACCUGCUCACACUCA